AGUGUUGAUUGAGCAAAAGCAUUAAAGUCGUUUGAAAUUUUGGCCAAAAAGUGGAAAAUCACGCGGAAUGGAGCGCGAAAUAGCGCACAGUGUAGACGGCGGGGAGCAGCGGAGCAGCGAUGUGGCACCUGGACAGGUGAAGAGCUUCGAGGAGCUGCGUCUGAGACGCAAUCUGUUGAACGGAUUGAAGCGCCACAAUUUUGUGACGCCAACGAAGAUUCAGGCGGCUGCCAUACCCAUGGCACUGACCAACAUGGAUUUAAUCGUACAAUCGAAGAGUGGAACUGGCAAAACACUGAUCUACGUUAUAGCCGCCAUGCAGGGCUACCAUCCCAGAAUGACGCGACCUCAUGCGCUGGUGGUGGUGCCCACUCGAGAGCUGGCCAUCCAGGUGCAGGACACAUUCUUCUAUCUGUGCGAAUCGUUCAAGGACUUCAAAUGCUCCGCCUUUAUCGGUGGCACCGAAGUGGCCAAAGAUCGCAGGCGCAUGCAGGCCAGUCGGGUCAUCAUCGGUACACCGGGGCGGCUGCUGCACCUGUACCAGAAUAGGGUAUUGGAUGUGUCCAAGCUGGGACUGCUGGUGCUGGACGAGGCGGAUCAACUGUAUCAGACCAAGAGCCUGCAGGAUACGGUCAGUAAACUGAUUGAGGCACUGCCCAAGAACCGGCAGAUAAUUGCCUGCAGUGCCACCUACGACCAGGAUCUGGAUGUGCGUCUGGCCAAGAUCAUGAACAAACCCAUGCUUAUAUCGAAUUCCGAAAGGACCACCGUACUCCUGGGCAUUCGGCAGUUUGUGUACGAGUUGCCACAGCAAACUAAUAGUGUGGAGGAGAUGCGUCUAAAGCUGAAGGUGCUUGCCCAGAUCUUUAACCAGUUGCCCUACGAACAGGCCGUCCUCUUUGCCAGCUCACAAAUGCGUGCGGAUUCGUACAAGAACUAUCUGACCGCCAGUGGGGUCGAGUGCCAUUUGAUAUCGGGAGCCAUGGAACAAUCGGAGCGUUUGAAUGUCUUCGAGGGCUAUAGAAACUUCACAAUGCGCACCUUGGUGGCCACUGAUUUGAUGGCACGCGGUGUGGACUCACCGCAUGCCAACCUGGUCAUCAACAUUGAUCCGCCGCAGGAUCAUGUCACCUAUCUGCAUCGCAUUGGACGCGCUGGGAGGUUUGGUUCCAAAGGCAUCGCCAUCACGUUUAUUGCCUCCGAGAAGGAGAGCCAGAAAUUUAGGGAAAUGUCACAAAAAGUCGCCACGGCUUGGUCUGUCCUGGAGUUUCCCAAGGAGCCAAUGCCCAAGGAAUUUAAUUUUUGGGACUUCGAAAAGUACAACUUUGGAUAUUACAUCAAGGAGGAGAAUCCGCUGCAGGAAAUGCCUGCGAAACACAAGGUUCCUAAUAAGGAAAAUCCAAAAAAAGAAACCGCUGCGAAAGAACCUGAAAAGAGAGAUACAGAAAAAUCAAAUGUUGUUGCAGAAAAGCUACCAGUGGCCUUAGAAAAUGUUGAAUCACUUAAAGCUAAAGAACAAAAGAGUAAUAAUGUUAGUCAGAAAAAGGAGGUGGAGUUGGACAACCAACCGGAAACUUCACGUAAUAAUAAGAAACAAGUUGAGAAGGAAAUUGCAAAGCAAGGAAAUCUAAAAGAUAGCAAUGUGAACUCCAAAGCCGAAGCUUCCAAACUGAACAAGUCGGAAAGGAGCAAAAAAUCUAUUUCUCCAUCCAAGUUAUUUACAAGAGCUUUAUCCCAGAUAGAGAAGCAAAAAACUGAAGUACAGCAAGCGCCAGAGAUCACAGUAAACGAAUAUUAUAUAGACAACGAUAUAGACGAAAGCAUACAACCAACAGCAGACGACAAGGAGAAUCAGCCUUAUAAUGGAACGGUAGGUCAGCUUCCGACCAAAUCUGUUCUAAACCCUGUAGAGAUCAUAUCUCCCGAAUUAACACCAACCCUAACACCACUGGACCUGACCCAGGAGCCGUCGCCAACCACGGUGACACCACCUGCACCGCCAGCCAACUCGAUUAACAACAAGACCUAUUGCCUGGCUGCUCCCACGCAGACCAGUUCGAUGACCAUACAGAACAUGGCUAUAUCGAACACGGUGGACGAUGCCAGCAGCAUCAGUUCGGAUAGCAUGGGAUGUGGCUAUCACAGCGAUAGGUCCUACGACACCUUCUAUGCGACCAGUGAUGAGGAGGAGAUCUGGGAGCGAUUGAUGGCCAAACGCAGGCGUCAUCUUAAGAGUGGCCAAGGAAAACGUCGUCUACUAUACAAAAGAUCAUUUCCAAAACAAAACGCAAAUGUUAAACGCAAGUUUAAAGAAAAGGUUGGAUCGUUAUACAGAUCUAAACAAUCACACUUAGUAAAGAACAACGUGUACUUUAAUUUACAGAAACGUGAUCUAUACAAUAGUGUCUCACUUUUGCCACACAUAAAUCUAUGUCAUCUGCUUCAAAAGGUUACAAAUCAAGAGAGAAUUUUGGAUCGGCUCUACAACUAUGCAAAGAACCAUAAUAUUGACAAUGCGAGUGUUGCCAAUUUGCUGGAUGAACUCUAUAAAUCCAUGCUGGAACUUUACUAUGACAAUAUCAAGGAGUCGAAGAAGCAUGUAAAGGAAGCCAUCAAGGAGGCCUUCAGAUCCAUUGAUCACCAUCAGAGCCACGAGUCUUUGAUAUCAGAGAAGCCUGAGCCAAAGAACAAGUUCAGUGUCCAUGUGACGAAUCAGAUGGACAUACCACCAAUGCCACCACAGGCCGAGGAUGAAAUAGACUCGGGAAGUGAAGCGGAUACAGAGGACUCGCAGGAGUACGACGAAGGUGAAGAGAUCAGCUUGGACGAUGAGGACGAUGGCAGCGACGCACCGAAUUCAUCGAGUGGUUUUGUAGAGACUAACGAGAGUGCUUCGUCCGGAAUUGAUACUUCCGUUUAUGAAACGGAGUCAACGGGCUUAUCUGGAAAUGAUUAUGCUGCAUCCUAUUUCUCGGAAGAUGAGACCGAGAACGAUGAAUAUGAGUCAGAUAUUGAAUACUCAACGAGCUCGGCAGGAUCAAGCUCCCCGGGAUCGAGAGCAGGGCGCAGCAGCGACGCAUCUUCGGAUGAUGAUUCAGUAACUGUAACUAAUGUCAUUCCAGUGCAGAAUGCCACAAACAACGCACAAUCCUUGUGGCUGCAGACUUUCAACAUGCAGUACCAGUUCAUUGCCAGCCAUGUGGCUAAAAGCAUUCAAAACUAUAACUAGAUUGCUAUGGAAGCGAACAACUAGUCGAAACUCAGGCAUUACAAUUUAAUCAUCAUUAACUUUUUCAUUCAUUAAUAAAACGGAUCAGUUCCAAGAGGCUGUAUCAGUCUCUUUCCUUACAUCUAUAUAUCGUAGCCUGUUAAAUCAUUUUCUUAAAUUGAAUACUCAAUAUCAAAAUAGUUGAUACCAUGUUAUGGACUUUGGAGUACGAACGAUGAAUGUUUUUCUAUGCAAACAAUAAAUUGCAGAAUUUGUUACCAAAUAUAAAUGAAUUAAAGCACAAAACUA